CGUGGAGCGAAGGUCGCGGCUUUUCCCGGGGUCGCAGCAGCGUGUCGCCCUGAUUGUGGUGGUGGGUGUCCUACCCGGUUCCUUCGGCCCUCCCGACCCAGGCCAGCCCGCUGCUCCCACCGGGCCUCCUAUCCAGGCAGACACACUCGUUGCUUCCCAGUAUGACCCAUAAAUGAUGACCAAGUGCUGGAGAAACUCAGCAGUAAUCCAGUGCCAUGGCAGUGUCAAAUUCUGAAUGGUCCCAGAAAGUAGCAGCAUUCUAUGCCAGUCCGUCACAUUUUCUUGCCAGCACAACAACUGAGAACUUUGUUUACGAUCUCCUGAGGGUCCUGGCAGAUGAGAAGAUCAGUGAAAACGUAAAGAUACAGAUUCUCGGGAUAAUUCAGGAAUUCCCAGGAUGGCUGUUCACCAGCUCUCGGGUGGCUGAGCAGGCAGCAGAGUCAAUCUUCAGCAUCUACUCACAGCUGCCCUUUGUACCCAAGUCGGUCAAUCUGAAAUGCCACUUGCUGCUUUCAGUCACCACUAUAGUCAUUGCCACUGAUCACCUGACCAGCAAUGUGAAAAUAUUGAACAAUCUGAUGACCCAACUGUUUGAUGCAGUGUGUGACACUAAUGAUCGCAAAUACGGGGGACAUUUCAGGCCCCUCAGGGUCCUAGCGUGCGACUGCCUUCGAGAAUUUGAAACAUGUCACCCAGGGCUCCUGUCAAGAAAACUGGAACUUCUGCACACCCUCCAGCAAAAGGAAGUCAGUCCGCUGCACCAGGCCUACACGCUGCUGUAUAUCCAAGCGUUGAAAAAUGCAGUCCGCGCACUCUCGGGGUCGCGCGAUGUGUCAGAUGGAGCCAUCCGAGAAUUGUUGACAAGGAACGAGGAAAUCAAAUGGAAGGUGAUGGAAAAGCCACAGGAUUUAUUAGCCAUCACCACAACCACCGAUCUGACUCCAUUACCGUCGACCAUUGAGACAAAGGAGUUGAAGUCUUCAGUGACUCUGCUGUUGGAGGAGUCCUUCCUUCUAACUCCAGUAUCCCAAGCUGCUUUGUUUCACGAAUUGAUCCAGGUGGUCCUUAUGGUGCGCUCGCUUUCUCCAGCCAUUUUCCGAUCCCAGUUACUGCGUUUGUUUGGGACAAUGGAUAUCUCCUUGAUGCACAGCAUGCUGCACAUGAAGGCCAGCUUCACUGAUAGUCUCUUCAGUGCCGAGGAUGAGAACUUCCUGUUGAAGCGUCUGGUCUGCAUGGCCCAGCAUCCACUGCUCAGCAAUUCUGUCAAGCUCUUCUACAUGGACUGCUUGCUUCACUUUCCUGAAAACCGCCCCAUUAACUCUAACCUGGAAGAGAAUCUUCCAGUUUUGUUCACGCCAAAGAUGGCGGCUUGCCUUUUCCCCACACUUUUUAACGACAGCAGCACAAUGAUGUCUCGUCUCAACCUGGUGAGUCUUAUGUGCCUUGACAGUGCUGAGGAGGAAAGAGGACUUGCUGAGAUCUUUGACUACCUUGUGUCCUUAUACAAACUGGUGGAUGCCAAUGGAAGCCGAGGACAUACUGUGACGUUUUUCCAAGCCGUGUACAUAUUUGUGAGUUGCUUCCAUGCCAGUGAAAUGUAUAUGUCGGAGCUGACUCAAUAUAUGGUUAAGCUGUACCAGAGGCAUUGCACCUUAGCUCCACACAUGAUUAAUCUCAUAGACAGCAUUCAGCACCUCUUUGAGGAUUCCAAAUGGCCUGUUUCACUGGGGGAGGCUUUGCGCAAGCUGAUUGUGGAACUCCCACCAAAGCAACUGUCUCCUCAUAAACUCAUAUGGCACCUCAAGGUCCUAGCAAGAGUGGCCAAGGAACCCACCAUAUUGCAAAAGACAACAGUUCAGUUUUUACUGAAUGUUGUUCAAGCUUCCGACCUGUGCAGGCAGGGUGAUUGGAGAAUGGGUAACUCAGUGCUGUCAGUGUGCAAAAGCAUUCUGCAUCACCAGAACGUGGAGCCCAUCUUCAGUGACCUUGCAGACCUCCUGCAGCACGUUCAUGCCCAGUUCCAGGACAUUGACAUUCAGGACCAUGCCCAUUUCUAUUAUGCCUUACUCACCUGCCUCUCCCACGAGAAGCUCGCAGGAAUCGUGGCACCGGGGACAGGGAACUGUAUUCGGGCAAAGGCGCGAUCACUCUCAUCCCUAAUGUCAGAGAGUGCAGAUCACUCCAUCUCUGUUCUUCCAAUAAAACACCCCGUACUGAAACUCAUUCCAGUCCCAGAAGAAGGCUUUUCCAAUCUCGGUCCUGCCGGAGACACAACCGUGAAGGACUUUGAAGAAGAUUCCUUACAGAACUACUUGAACCAAUUCCAAAAUGUCGGAUUUGCUCCUACUAUUGUGAUGAAAUUCCAUUUGACUUUUGCUGAGGAAGUCGAUCCUGAGUAUCACAAAAUCUACACUGUGCAUCUCUGUUUUGACCUGAGGAGUACCCACUACGAGCCACUGAGUGAUCUCCAUGUACCCUGUCUCUUCCUAAGCAGAAACCCUCAUGUUUUCUCCUUGGCUUUCAAGCCGCAUCUACCUUUUCCCGUCACUUUACACACGAGAGCAGUCUUUACCAGGGAGGACGGCAGUACGUGUUGUAGCCAGCUUGAACCUGUUGACAUCGGUUUCGCCCGUUUGUUCCUGGCCCUUCCCGUUCCGACAAAUUGGCCGCUGGAAAUGAAGGCUCGACUCUUUAACCAGUUCUGGGAAUCCUUGCUCCAGACUGGAUCCAGCCAGUCUGUUCUCAGUCGCUUCUGCUUUACGACAGUUCAGAGACCGCUGAGUGAACUCGUAAACCUGCACUUUCAAAAAUAUGUGGUUUCGCAGCAGUCAGACCCAGAGUCUUACAAGGUUUUUCUGUUCCUACCCCCUCGAGUCCACCUUUUGCUCAGUCUGGAGCAGGCGCACGAUAUGGCAAAGGUUGAUAUUGUCACUGAUAACUGGCAGCUUUUACCUUUCAUUAAUGCUUACCUGAUUGACAUAACGUCUGAAAAAUAGCUGCUGCAAACUUGUCAUCUGAACACAGUGCAGCCAUUAAACUCUUUCUGUUUGGUACCACUUUAAAUGUACUUCCUUCUUCAAGCAGCGAGGUUGUCUUCUGAGGAUUACUGCUGAGUGUGUAAUAACUGAGUUGUUGAGUGUGCAGAAUUUUGAGACCAUUGCUAGGGUAAUACCCAUUCUGUUUCCUUUUAAUGCAAGUGAGUCUUAAAGGCCUAGAAUUUACUCAAUGCGGGGAGAUUUGAUGCCCUGAAAAUUCCCAGUUUGGACAUUUCCCAGGCUGGGGUGAAUUAGGCGCUAUUAAUUCAGGUCAUUAUAGAACCUAAGUAAGAAAUGCUGGAAGGUUGGAUAACAUCAAACUGUCCAGAUUUCUAGUUGGUGAAACAGUACCGCCCUUCGACAGUCUAUAGAUCAAUUGGAAAGGAUAGGAUCCAUGUUGGAAAUGAUACCUGUUGUAACUGCAGAGUCUGUUGCUUCCUGUCCAAACUUACACAGGAAAUACAUUGUGUUAGGUAAGGUACAGGAGGGCAGUUAGUGCCACUGUAAGUGGAUUGUAUUUGAUACCUUCAGAAGUGGAGGGAUUGACGGUGAUGAGGAAAAUAAAUUGUUCAACUGCAUCACUGCUACCGCACAGCAGCAGUGACCCAAGUUCAAGUCCACCCUCAGUGUGGAGUUUGCACAUUUUCCCCAUGUCUGCUUUGGGUUUCCUCUGGGCGCUCCAGUUUCCUCCCACAGAUC